CACAAAACCAGUCUCCUGCUUUUUUCUUCAAGUCUUUCGUCAGAUUUGAAGUUUAGAGCCAUUCAAAGAGAGGAACCCAAUAUCCUUCCUCACCUUUCAGAUCAGAUCGAAGCCUCCUCAAAAUGGCAUUCAAUAACAAACCCAAGAAACCCAUUACUCCUUUCAAAUCCAAUCUAUGCACCACACUUUUCUUCAUAGUUCUCUUUACCAUCCCAGCCCUUUUUCUCCUGCACACCCCUACCACCUCCAUAUGCACCAGCUUUGCCACUCAUGUCAAUCCUUGGUCUGGCGAUCUCCGAACUGCUCUGUUUCCGUGGAAUCGUCUUCCAUUCAUCGAAGGCCAUCCUCCUCCUAUUGCUCUCAAAAUUGCUGUAUUUUCUCGCAAGUAGCCCAUCGGUACAACACCCGGUGGCAUGGAGCGCCACGCGCAUACCCUGCACACUGCUCUAGCAAUUCGUGGUCAUCAAGUUCAUGUCUUCACCUCUCCUCCCCUUAAUGACAAAGGUCUAUUGUCCCUAAAGCUAAAUAAUAGCCCUGAGAAUCUAUCUAAUUCUACGCCCUACAUUCACUGCCAUGAAGGUGAACCAGGACAGUGGCGCUAUAAUAAAGCUUGGGAACAAUUUUUGGAGGAAAACCAAAGCAAACCAUUCGAUGUGGUUCACUCGGAAAGCGUUGCACUUCCUCAUUGGCUUGCUCGUCAACUUCAAAACCUAGCUGUUUCAUGGCAUGGCAUAGCUCUUGAGAGCUUACAAUCUGACAUUUUCCAAGACUUGACUCGAAAACCCAAUGAGCCAAUAUCUCCAGCUUUCAACAGAAGUAUACAAGGGGAAGUCCCCAAGGUACUGAAUGAGAUAAGAUUCUUUAGAAACUAUGCCCACCAUAUUGCCAUUAGUGAUAGUUGUGGGGAGAUGCUUAGGGAUGUGUAUCAAAUCCCUGAUAAAAGAGUCCAUAUUAUUCUCAAUGGUGUUGAUGAUCACGAGUUUGUAAAGGACUUGAGAUUAGGCCGUGAGUUCAGGUCUAAAAUUGGCAUCCCCAACAACGCAAGCUUAGUGCUUGGCGUGGCUGGCAGAUUAGUAAGGGACAAAGGUCAUCCUCUACUCUACGAAGCAUUCAUUAAACUCGUAAAGAAGCACCCAGGUGUCUAUUUGAUAGUCGCCGGAUCCGGUCCAUGGGAGCAAAGGUACAAGGAUUUAUGGCCUCAAGUCCUUGUUUUGGGGUCUAUGAAUCCAUCGGAAUUGAGGGCUUUCUACAAUGCCAUUGAUAUAUUUGUAAAUCCCACACUUAGACCGCAAGGGCUUGAUCUUACCCUAAUGGAGGCCAUGAUGAGUGGGAAGCCUGUAAUCGCUUCUAGGUUUCCAAGCAUCAAAGGUACAAUAGUUGUUGAUGAUGAAUAUGGUUUCAUGUUUGCUCCAAACGUGGAUUCGUUGUUGGAAGCACUUGAAGCAGUGGUUGGGGAAGGUCCAGAGAGGCUAGCCCAGAGGGGAAAGGCUUGCCAGGAAUAUGCAGCUUCCAUGUUUACUGCACACAAUUCGAACAUUGCAAUGGAUGCCGACAUAAAAUAUUCAAAUAAUGAGAUUGGAGGUGAUGAAACUAUUGAAGAACUUAUGGUUGGAAUGCAAUUUUCAUCUGUAGAAGAAGUGCAUGCUUACUAUAUGAAGUAUGGUAAGAAGAAGGGGUUUGGAGUAUCGAAAAGGAAUAUUAGACAGAAUGACGAUGGGACAGUAAGAUGGUUUUGUUUGGUAUGCGCGCGAGGAGGUACAAGAAAAAGUAUGGCUGUCAAUGUUAUGAAAUCAAGACAAAUAAUAAAGAUGGGGUGUAAGGCUAGGAUUAAUGCGGUAUUCAAUAAUGAAGGUGGAUAUACUGUAUCUAAGGUGAUAUUGGAUCACACACACUCCUGUAGUCCGGACAAGGCAAGACAUUUAAGAUGCUUUAAGAAGGUUGAUGCUCGUGUCGCUAAGAGGCUUGAAAUAAAUGACGAGGCAAGAAUAAGAUUGGCCAAAAAUUACAAGUUUGUGGUUGUUGAGGCGGGGGUUAUGAGAAUGUAACAUUCCGGGAAAAAGAGUGUCGAAACUACAUUGACAAAGCACGACGACUUAGUCUCGGGAUUGGAGGUGGUGUAACUCUAUGUAACUAUUUCGAAGAUAUGCAAAAAAGAAAUCCGGAAUUUUAUUAUAAGAUAAAUGUUGAUAAUGAGAUGCGGCUAAAGAAUGUA